GACUCGCAAGACAAACCAAGCAGCGUAACUUGCCUGCAGUCAAAGAACCAAAACUGCGUCUUUGGGGAAUGUGCGCUGCGACGAAGCGGCAAUAACGUCUGAGGCACUCAACCUCCCACUCUACGUGGCUGGUCCCCGGUAUCCUCUCGCGUGCGCUUCGAUGCUCUUCCAGGGAAAACCAUGCCGCUGAUUUGCCAGCUGCCGAAUCGCUAGCGACCGUAGCUUACAUGACCAUUCACCCAGCUCAUUUACAGAAACGGUAGUGGCACCCCAAGAAGCGACCUUAUCUGAACUCUGCCAUCCCCGAGCACUGCAGCUCAGGGGCGUCCACCCAUCAGCUAUCCUCAUUUCCAAACUGUCAUCGUCAAGAACAAGCGGUUAGUGUCCAACCCAAAGGCCCUCCACUGUAUUGACACCAUUCCAACCAAUAUGGGCCUUCUCCGCACCUACAUGGACGCGAUGUUGACCGCCACCUUCUCUUCCCGCGGAUCCUCGUCUUGUAGUGCCACCACACCCAACAAGGGCAACAACAAGGCACUGCAAUCUCCUCAACCUUCCCCAGAACCGUCACCAUCGUCGGUAUCCACUACCGUCAUCCGGUCACCGCCCAAACGGUUAUCAGACUUGGAGGUGGUGGAGACCUUAGCACCGGCACUCUUCGGAGAAGUUUUGCUAUGUCUUGACACCAAAACUGGUCGCCAAUUCGCCGUCAAGCGCGUGGAUCUUCGCUGCGCUCGAGAUCAGGUGACAAUUGGCAAGCGUAUCCGAGUUGUUGAGAAUUUGCAACAGGAGCGUGCCGUGCACCGCAGACUCGUUGCUGCGCAGACCACUAAUCUGCUGCUAUUGGAGGAGGAAGUGCAAUACGGUGGCAAUUUAUACCUCAUUUUUCCGUUCUACUCGGGCGGUGACCUGUUCGACGUGGUGCGUCACAGUCCACUUGAUGGUCGACUACCGGAAACUACUGCACGUCGCUAUCUGCGCGACGUGGUGCGUGGUUUACUGUGCUUGAAGCAAAAUGGUUUGGCACACCGCGAUAUUUCGCUGGAAAACAUAGUGUUGGAUGCUGAAGGCGUGUGCCACGUGUGCGACUUUGGUUUAGCCACUAAACAUGGCAAAUUCGUGGCCCCCGGUAGAGUUGGUAAAGCUUGGUACAUGGCUCCAGAGGUUUUCGCAGCCAAGGACCCGUACGACCCGCUACAAGCUGAUAUCUGGUCACUUGGCGUGUUGCUGGCAAUUAUGUUGGCAGGAGCCCCACUUGUCGAAAAACCCACUAGCGACGACCGUCAGUUCCGUGUCUUGAGUCAUGGCGGCGGUGUACGAAAGCUGCGUCGAGCUUUCCCUCGCAAAUUGUCUGAAGAAGUCUGGGAUCUGAUGGAGAAGUUGCUGACUUUGGAUCCACACAAACGUCCUACAUUGGAGCAGGUGGCCGAACACCCCUUCUUAUCGUCGAACUACCACCACAGUGUCAACUACGUCAACUGCUGUUCCAGAUAAAAAAAAUUGUUUGUUCAACCUGUCUUCAUAAUAAAACGUCGUAUAUUAGCAAGGGUAAAGCAAACGUUCAAUACAUGUACGUCCAUUGAUGUCCUCGUU